AUUUCAGUAUUAAGUUUUAUUAUCUGGUGAAAACCGUGUACAUAUUGGCAUUCGUCUCUGUAAAACUCACUCCAGCUUUAGAUACAAUUGAAAGCCUGGACUAGGGUCUAGAGACUUCUGUGAUUUACAUAUUUAUCACUUAAUAACGAGACUGAGAAAUGGCUGUCUGAUUAGUCAGUUUUCAGUUUUUCUAAUUUGGUUUUCCAUACUAAUUUACUAUUCGUCAGUACGGUUACACGUAACCAAUCAAAACUACACACACGUCGGGGAAAAUCCUUCUUGCCUCGGUGUUGUCUAAAUGACAAUCGUGAUAAGGGAAUCCCCGUUCUCUUUGCUCACGUAUUAGCUGCGUAGAAGAUAUGCCUUUUUAGUAUAUCAUGUAACUGUGCGCGUACUUCGACGUUAUUAUCGACAACUACCUCGUUAAAGUAACUUAUUAAUUAUUAAUAUAAUGUAAUUUGUAUAAAAAAUCAAUGUUUACUUCAAAGCUGUAAUACUUUUAAUUUUCUUCCAAGUUUUCAGCUAUAAAAUUUAAGACGCAUUUGUGGGCUUUAAAAACUCUUAUAAAAAUGGAACAACAGAUUACUAUGCCUUUAUCUAACACUGGAAAUCAGACGGAAAACUGGCUGAAAUGGAAAAAAGGUUUCAUCAAUUAUUUAAAAGUGAAUGACUUUAUUGAAAAGUCGGAAGAUUUAAAAAUUCAUCUGCUAAAAGAGAACAUAGGAGUAAUUGGUCAAACGGCCAUAGACAAGAUUUAUAAAGAAAGCAAUAAACCUAUAAAUAAUAUGAACAACUUAUUAGAACAACUUGAUAUAUACUUUCAAGUUUCAAACAAUGAAGUUAUUGAACGAUAUAAAUUUUUUAGUAGAUUCCAAAAUAAAGAUGAAACAAUUAAUGCUUAUAUUCUUGAUUUGAAAAAAAAAGCAGAAACUUGUAAUUUUGGAACUUUGACAGAUAGUCUCAUUAGAGAUAAAGUGAUUGUAGGGAUAAAAGACAAAAAUUUGCGAAUGAAACUAUUCAAUACAGAAAACCUUGAUUUGAUCAAAUUAAUGACUAUUUAUCAUGAACAUACAAAUGCUAUACAAACAAAAAUAAAAGCUCCUAAACAUAUGAAUAUUAAAAAAAGAGUUCAGCACAGACAACCACAAAAAGAUAAUGGAACAAAAAAUGUUAACGUUAAUAAUAAAUUAAAAACAGAUUUUAAAAAUGAUGUUAACAUAGGUGUAAACUUAUCUGAUAAAGAUCAUCAAAUAAACGCAGUGCUUAAAAGAUGUAGAAACUGUAAUAUGCAUCAUUUGGAGAAAUGUUGUCCCGCCUGGGGACAUAAAUGUAUGAAAUGUGGUGCACGAAAUCAUUACACUGACUGUUGUCGAUUUAAAAAAGAUGAAAAGAAAGAGAUAGACAUGAAAACAAAUAUAUUAAAUCCGUCUGUUAAUCGACAAAGAAUGGACAUGAAGCCAACCUUUAGACCAAUGGACAAUAGGGCAGCAUAUUUUGCACCUUCGUCUUCAGCAGUCUCAAAUAAUUUUGGCAGUCAACCUAGUGCCCCUGCAUUUUCUGAAAUUCAAAAUGAAUUAUAUCCAAAUUUAAAUCAUAUGUUACAAAAAGGAAAUAUAAAGUCCAAUGACACAUUCCAAAGAAGUGAAACAUUACUGCCUCCGCCGAAUCCUCAAACGAGUAAUUGUACGCCACCUUUGAAUCCUCAAAAAGAAAGUAAAAAAACAACAAAAACAAAGGAACCAAACGAGGAGUCAUGCACAAUAUCAUAAAAGUAGGUGAACAACUACAUAUGUUUACGUCUGAAAUAUAAAUUUAUGUCAUGUAUUUUAUAUUUAAGUAAUUUAGAAAAGUGAUGUACACGCUUAUUAGUAAUAAGGAAACAAAAUUUAUGAAUAGAAUUAUGUAUUAUGAGCAACAGUAAAUAAAUUUUA